AUGGAUGUUACCAUUAGCUACAACGUAUCGACGGGAGCAUACUACCACAUGGCAAAGACUGCCCCCAACGAACUUAUCGAGAAAACGAUGGCCUCAAGUCUCUUCACAAACCGCUGGAUGGUGGUUAACACCAACUUGGAUCUGGCACUCAUCCGAAAGGCAAAGGUCCAUUCCUGUUCCCACAUAACAUUUGCCCGUCAUUGUCAGUUGGCGUCUUUCCGUCUGUCAAGACUAAACCGCCUACAAGAUAUGCAGUGGCAUCUUUGGAUCAACGACCAUACCAUUGGUCGAGGAUACACCCCUUUCAAUACCGUCAACAUUGCGGUCGUCGCUUGGAAGCCUGCUCCAUCUUGGCACAGCAUGCCCAAGAACUUUUCGGCUCUGUGA